UAUCGUUUAGUUAAAGUUAGUUAGUGUCUUGAAGAACGUUGAUGCGUUCACACAUAACGCCAAGUGAAGUGAAACCUGUGCGGAAAGUUGUAUUUAUUUGAAUGUGGAUAAUGCGUUUCGGCUAUAAGCAAAUAUUGAGGCUAUUUAUAGUGAUUGUGGGUUUUUUACAUUCCAGUCAUGCCUAUCAUUUUCUCGCAGUCUUGCAUUUUAGUUCGAAGUCGCAUUUCAUAGUGGGAUCAGCCCUUAUAAAGGGAUUGAUUGAUAAAGGCCAUGAGGUAACAGUCAUAAGUCCUUUUCCUCAAAAGAAACCAAUAAAAAAUUGGCAUGAUGUGCCGGUGUCAGGGGUCUUGGAGUUUAUGCAGAACGAAACAGAUGAUCUCUUGAACACCUUAGAACGCAGUGUAAUGGAGAAUGUAGUGUCAUUUCACAAAACCGGCCUACAGGUGACCGAGCUGGUUUUAAAAUCACCUGCUGUCCAAAAACUUAUGGCCUCCAAUCAAACCUUUGAUGCUGUCAUCAAUGAAGUUUUCUUAUCGGAAGCUUUAUAUGGCCUAAGUGAACAUUUUAAGGCCCCUCUCAUAGGUUUGGGCACAUUUGGGGCCAUAUCUUGGAAUACAGAUAUGGUUGGCUCACCCUCACCACCUUCGUAUGUACCCAGCACACUGUUACCCUUCACCGAUCGCAUGACCUUGGGUCAACGCAUUGGUAAUUUGGCUCUAUUGACAUUUGAACGUUUGCUUUUGGAUCUUUACUAUCUACCCAAGCAGGAGAAAAUAUUUCGGCAACACUUUCCCCACUCGCAGAGAUCAAUGCUGGAAAUACGCAAAAAUGCCGCUUUGGUGCUGCUCAAUUCUCAUGUCUCCUUGAGUUUCCCCAGACCCUAUGUGCCCAAUCAAAUCGAAGUUGGGGGUAUGCAUAUAAAUCGUCAACGUAAACCUUUGCCCUUGGAUAUUGAACGCUUCAUCAGUGAAUCGCCGCAUGGGGUGGUCUAUUUUUCCAUGGGCUCUAAUAUAAAAUCGAAAAAUUUACCCUUCGAAAAGAGGCAGGAACUCAUGAAGGCUUUGAAAUCUUUGAAACAAAGAGUUCUAUGGAAAUUCGAAGAUCCCCAUUUGGAGGGCAAGCCGGAUAAUGUCUACAUUAGUGAUUGGUUUCCUCAGGAUGAUAUCUUGGCCCAUGACAAUGUGAAGGUGUUCAUAACUCAUGGUGGUUUGCUGAGCACCACCGAAAGUAUUUACCAUGGCAAACCUUUUAUAGGUAUACCCAUAUUUGGCGAUCAAUUCCUCAAUAUGGCCAAGGCGGAGGCAAAUGGCUAUGGCAUAAUGUUGGACUAUAAAAAUUUGUCAGCCAAUGCUUUGAAGCAAGCGGUGGAGAAAAUGGUCUACAACAAGGAAUAUACAAAUUUGGUUAAGGCCAUGUCUGCGCGCUAUAAAGAUCAACCUAUGGCGCCUCUGCAAAAGGCUGUCUAUUGGGUGGAACAUGUGGCCCGUCACAAGGGAGCCAAAUAUCUGCACUGUGCUGGCUUGGAUUUGAAUUUUAUCCAAUAUCACAAUAUUGAUGCCAUUUUGAUAUUAUAUGGUGGUAUAUUGUUUGUUUUAUUUGUUGUGCUAUGGCUGCUGAAAUGUUUGCUGGGUUGUGUGUUUGGCAACAAGUCGCAAAGUGGCAAAACAGCUAAGAAAAUGAAAAAACAAUGAAAUUUGAGCCAAAAAUGUAUUUUUUUUAUUUCUAAACAAAUUAAGAUUAAUGUGUUUUGUAGCAAAACGUAUUGUAUAUACAAUAGUUAAGCUUAAUUAGUAGUAAGAAAAAGAUUGCUACUACCAACACACCGCAGUUAAUUAAAAUUUUUUGCAAUAAACAAACUUUUUUAUUUGAGUAAA